UUUCCCUUUCGGCGGCUUCCUAUUUCUAGUAGGCUGUACCGUACGAAAUGUAAACAAGAUGACAAUGGCGACGCGCCUAUCUUAUGCUCUUGGAUCCAUCAAAAAUGUUCAUAAAUAUUUUUUUUCAUCUUUGGCCACUUCGCAGCCGGAAAGUUUAAAUCUUGUAAAUUUUUCGAAUGAGAAUGGAAUAUAUAAAGUACAACUAAAUUCUCCUAGAACUAGGAAUGCACUGUCUACUGAAAUGCUGAAUGAACUUCAAAGUAUUUUCAAGGCAGUUAAUGAAGCCAAAGGUGCUCGUUGUGUUCUUCUUUCUUCAUCAGGGAGUAAAGUCUUCUCUGCUGGCCAUAACUUAAAGGAAUUGACAAAUGAAACUCCUAAAACUCAUCAUGAAUUAGUGUUCUCAACAUGUACUAGUCUUAUGAAACUCUUAAUUGAUUGCCCUAUUCCUAUCGUAGCUCAGGUUGAUGGAAUAGCUGCUGCAGCUGGUUGUCAAUUGGUAGCCAUGUGUGAUAUUGUUGUGGCAAGUACCAAUGCAACCUUCUCCACUCCAGGGAUAAAUUUGGGACUCUUUUGCUCAACACCAGGAGUGGCUGUCGCUAGGGCAAUCCCAAUGAAAUUAGCAUCUUACAUGCUCUUUACUGGUCUUCCAUUGUCAGCUGAAGAAGCUUUAAAGGCUGGCCUGGUUAGUAGAGUUGUACCAGCUGAAAAUAUAGAAUUAGAAACCCAACAGGUUAUUGAGAGUAUCUGCAAGAAAAGUCUCCCUGUCAUGCGUUUGGGUAAACAGUUUCUUCACCGGCAAUUAAAAAUGGAUAUCAUGGAGGCAUAUAAGGAAGGAGAAAAUGUAAUGGUGGGUAAUUUGCAGCUUAAAGAUGCUCAAGAGGGCUUAAAAAGUUUUGCUGAAAAAAGAGAGCCAAAAUAUCAAGACCAUUAGUUUUCUUCCUUUUUGUAUAGUUUAAAUAGUAACACUUUGCUUUUAUUAAAUUUCAUUCCUGAAAGAA